AAAAAAAAUGCUUCACACAGACGCGUGAAAUCCAGCCCAUAAACAGCGGCUUUGUCGCCCCCAUUCAUCGCCGUCGUCGUAUUAUAUUAUUCAAUUUCCAAACUGACCCCCUCAAAAAUUGAUUAAAAAAUUCAAAUCCCCCAAUUAAAUUAAUCUAAGAAGCCAUUAGAAAAAGAAAAGAAGAAAGAAAAACCGAAACGCAGUCGGUGCUGCUUCCUUCUUCAUCUCCACUUCCUCUUCUCCACAUUCAUCCCAUUUUUCCUAGAGAGAGAGGGGGGAGAGAUAGAGUGAAAGGAAGACUGGGGUGGAGUGUGUGCAUGCUGAUUUUCUGAAGCGAAGAAGACUUACUAAACCCACAUUCGUACUGUUCAUAAACCCUACCUUUUUCUUACUCGGGGGCUUGAAUCCGAGUAGAUGGGAUCGGAGGGAGCGUUCUCCGCUCAGAAACGGGGCUCCGGCGGGCUUCCGACGGCCAACGCCGCCGUGAACGGAGGAGCGCGCAGCCGUGCCGCGUCUCUGCUGCCGCGGGGGCGGCAGAUCCACAAGACGUUCAACAACAUUAAGAUCACUAUCCUUUGCGGCUUCGUCACGAUUCUGGUGCUUCGCGGCACAAUCGGGCUCGGGAACCUCGUUUCUUCGGAAGCUGACGCGGAGAAUCAGCAUCUGAUUGAAGAAACGAAUCGGAUUCUCGCGGAGAUCCGAUCCGACAAGGAUCCGACUGACCCGGACGACGGGCCCGAGCAGUUUCUCGGCCUGAAUGAUACUUUCAGUUUGGGACCGAGAAUCAGCACGUGGGACCAAGAUCGUAAGGUAUGGCUUGAGAAAAACCCUCAAUUUCCGAGUUAUGUUAAUGGAAAACCUAGGUUUCUGCUAGUGACUGGUUCGCAGCCGACUCCUUGUGACAAUGCAAUUGGUGAUCAUUAUUUGUUGAAGGCUCUGAAAAACAAGAUUGAUUAUUGUAGGCUUCAUGGGAUUGAGAUCGUGUAUAACAUGGCUCAUUUAGAUAAGGAAUUGGCAGGGUAUUGGGCCAAACUGCCGUUGCUCCGGCGCUUGAUGUUGUCGCAUCCGGAGGUGGAGUGGAUUUGGUGGAUGGAUAGUGAUGCUUUGUUUACAGACAUGGUGUUUGAGAUUCCUGUUUCUAAGUAUAAGGAUCAUAACAUGGUGAUCCAUGGAUAUCCUGAUUUGUUGUUCGAGCAGAAGUCGUGGAUUGCGUUGAACACGGGCAGUUUCCUGUUCCGGAACUGCCAGUGGUCGUUGGAUUUGUUGGAUUCUUGGUCCCCGAUGGGGCCCAAGGGUCCAUUACGUGAGGAGGCUGGAAAGAUCUUGACGGCCAAUCUGAAGGGCCGGCCGGCAUUUGAGGCAGAUGAUCAGUCUGCUUUGAUAUACUUGCUGCUUUCGCAGGAGCAGUGGAUGAGCAAGGUGUUUGUGGAGAACUCCUUUUACUUGCAUGGGUUUUGGGAAGGUUUGGUGGAUCGGUACGAGGAGAUGAUUGAGAAGUACCACCCGGGAUUGGGCGAUGAGAGGUGGCCGUUUGUGACGCAUUUUGUGGGCUGCAAGCCCUGUGGUAGCUAUGGGGAUUAUCCAGUGGAGAGGUGUUUGAAGAGUAUGGAGAGAGCUUUCAACUUUGCAGAUAAUCAAGUUUUGAACUUGUAUGGGUUUAGGCAUAGGGGGUUGGUUAGCCCAAACAUUAAGAGGAUCAGGAAUGAAACUGUUGCUCCUUUGGUGAAUGUAGAUCAGUUUGAUAUUCGGCAUGCAGCUCACCACACCACUGAACCUCAGAGCUAGCUACCCUGCCGUCACCUUUGAGAACAUCUUGCAGUUUACCGCUUCCAUGAAUACGGGGUGGAUCAAAGACAUCGUCACUUGUCAGUUGAUAACCAUACGAAGGGGUUGUUGGACCUCAUCUGGAUUGUCUGUUCUGUAAAGCCAUAAAACAUGGAGAAAAACCGUUUGUGAAAUUUUUUGUUUUUGGUGGUUCUUUAAAAAUAGCUGUUGUUUUAACCUUUUUCAUUCGUUUAGGUAUAGUGCAAGUCAAAAGUUAAAGGGGGGAAAGAUGGUCGCUUAGCUUUCACUGGCUUCGAAUGCGAGCACAAUGUACUAUUACACAUUAUGAAAUACUCCUAUUUGAUACAACAUUUAUUUAACUGGCAGAAGUUGCUAGUGCUACAAAUUCAAA